AUGUAGAUGUCGCGAAUUAGUUUUCAACGUUAAACAAUUGUCUAGUGGUCGGCUCCAGAACAGUUUUUAUUAGAAUUUGAAGUAAUGGCUUAUGUAGUGGAUAAUUUAGCUCAACCUACAAUGGGGCCUGUUACUGGUAAUUUGGUUCCAGAUUGGCUUCAUUCGGAGCAAAGUACUGGCACCUCUAUCAUGGCUUGUGAAUUUAACGGAGGAGUUGUGAUUGGAGCAGAUUCUAGAUCAACAACAGGGGCUUACGUUGCUGAUCGUUAUGCUGACAAGCUUACAAAAAUAACAGACUAUAUUUAUUGCUGUCGUUCUGGUUCUGCAGCAGACACUCAAGCUGUUGCUGAUAUAGUUGCGUAUCACUUAGCAUUCCACAAAAUGGAAUUAGGCUCGGAACCACUAGUAGAAACAGCAGCAAAUGUAUUCCGUGAAAUAUGUUACAACUACCGAGAUUCGUUAAUGGCUGGAAUCUUAGUAGCAGGAUGGGACAGCCGCAAGGGAGGUCAAGUUUAUAGCGUUCCCCUAGGCGGUAUGUGCGUACGGCAACCAAUUUCCAUUGGGGGGUCCGGUUCGACGUACGUGUAUGGUUACAUGGAUUCACAGUAUAAGUCAAACAUGUCAAAGGAUGAGUGUAUUAAACUGGUUGAAAAUACACUGUCAUUGGCGAUGGCACGUGACGGCAGCAGCGGCGGUGUCAUUCGAAUGGGCGUUAUCACAGAAAAAGGAGUCGACAGAAGGGUCAUAUUGGGCAAUGAAUUGCCACGUUUUUACGAGGGGUGAACGUUUUAGCUGUUAAACAAGAACGACGUAUUUACGCACGCUUUAUUCUAUACUUCUGAAAACAUUGUAUCGAACAGGUCGAGAUUCUUAAUUAAAUUCAAAAGAGAAAA